GUUAUCUGUAGAUACCGACAACCGUCAUUUUACGUUCAAUGCCCGGCGAGUUUAUUCAUUUAUUGCGCGGAAAACAUAACAAUGUUGUGGAAACACAACUACACCAGCGUAUUGCGUUUAAACAACAAUAAACAUUGACCGUCGUACCAAUAUAACCCAACGCUCUGUGACGACUGUUUCGAGUGCCAUUUAAUCCCUGUUUGUGCUGCUCCGAAAGUCUGUAUUUCAUCGAAAAAUUUGAUUGUUUAACCGAAUUUUUACAGUGAAUAGAAGUAUAAUUCAUCGGAUCAAGAUGCCAAAAAUUAAGAAAAAUGUAAAUGAUGAAAACAAAUGCCCAAAAAAAAUGAGUGUAAAAAAAAAGAGUAAACCAGUUUUCAAAUUUGAUAUGAAAAGAAUUCUAAAAGAUAGACAAGCUGAGGGUGAAUUUUGGAAAAAAAAUGCCGAACUUGAUAAAGAGAUGAAAAUUGUUGACGAUUUGUUUCAAAAAGAAGUGAACAAUACCAUUAAACAAAAUGAAGAUAAAUAUCCUCUUAUAUUACCAACAGUUGGUUAUGUUAUAUUUGACCCCUCUAAGUUUAAUGAAAACUUUGAAAAGAAUCCCGAUGUAACAGGAUCACAUUUGCAACAAUUACUUCUUAUGUCAAUUGAGGAAAAUGAACUUAAAGCCAAAAUUAUUUUUAAUAAUCUGAUGAAAUCAAAUUGGUCACCAGUAUUUGAAGAUGUUCAACGUACUUUAUCAAACUGGGGAGCUGAUUUGAAUUCAUUGACUAAUAGUACACUAUUAAAGUGUGAAAUACAAGAUUGCGAGAACAUGAAACGUCACAAUUUUGAAUUAGUAAUGAAUUUCAUAUCUUAUAAUAUAUUGAAAAAUAAUAAGAAAUUUAGUGAAGAUGAACUACUAACGUUGGCACAGUAUAUUGCUAAAAUAUCCUUGGAUCGUUUUUGUGGGCAAAUGAUAAAUGUUAUAAACAAAUUAUUUAGUGCUUGUAUUGAAACUGCAUUACAAGAAGACGAUGAUACUUCUAUAAUAACAUUUGCUCAAGGAUUGUACUCGCAAUUUAAUAAUAAACUACUAAAGAUGGUUGUCACUUUAUUCCUUCCUUUAGAAGGAAACAUAAUGAAAAAAGUAUAUACUUAUUUAACAUUCAAGCUUUAUAAGUCACUUUUAGAAAGAACUAAUAACAUAAGUGCAUUUCCAUCUAAUAUUCAAGAAUGGUUUGUUCAAGAUUUGGUGGAUAAAGAAUUUUUCAAUAGACGACCAAAAAGAUUACUAUACCAUCUUAUUCGACUUUUGGAACAUGUCGUGAUUGUUUUUGAUUUGUACAGUGAUGAAAAAAAACUUAGUGAAAUGUAUGACUUUUUAAAUGCCUUGGCAAAACCAACCGGAAUAUCAGAUUCACUGAAACUCGUUAAUAUAUUGGAUCAAUGGAGGUUGGGAUUAUUCCGCUUACAUGUAAAUCGUAAUAAUGUUUUAUUCUGAUAAUCUCAUAAUAUUAUUCCUAAGUACAAUAACAUAUUCAAGAGUCAUGAUUAAUGUUUAUUGUACAUCCGUUAUACAUUAUUUUCAUUUGUAUUUGCAUUAUUUAUUUAUAUUAUUAAUGUUUUAUUUUAUAUCGAGGAAGGUAUUUGUCAUAUUUAUUUGAAUUGUUAAACGUAGUUCCAAAGUCAACUGUAAUAAUGUAAAAGUAGAUGUAUGACUGCUCACAUAUAUUAUAUUAUAAUGUUAUUAUUAACCAAAUGAAUUAUUAUAUGUUUGUAAAUUAUUUAGUAUUGUCAUUCUUAGUCAUAAUGAAAUUUAAUAUGUUAAAAAAUUUUUGAUAACAUAAUAUUGUUUGAAUUCCUUUAUAAAACUAAGUACAAAUUAUGUUAUACUAGAAGAUUUUUGUGGAUAUACAGCUCCAAUGAGCGUAUGAAUAUAUGCAUUUUGUGCUUUUUUACAGUGGGCAAACUAUAUCAAGAAUCAAAUAAAACAAACUAGUACUGAACAUGUAUGCAAAAAAGAAAUCAUACCAAAAUCACUCAGCACAGAAUAUAAAAGAUAUAAUGUAAAUAAUAUAUUAUGUGAGUUUAACUGAUUUACUGCAAUAAAAUUAAUUCUAUAGCUUA